CAGCGCUUUGCAACCCGGCUGAGCCUGGCAAGCGCAAGCGGCGCGGCGGGCGUCGGCGGCGGGGCGCUCGCGGCCGGAGGAGCCGAGUGCGGUCAGGGGCUGAGCCCCGCUUUCCCAGACGAACUACCACUCCGCUUGCCCACGUCCCGGGAGAUCGCAGGGCCCGUCAGUGUGCCACCGACCGCUCCGGCCGCUGCGCUUCUGGCCCGCGAGGCGUGCCACUGUCUUGGCUACCGACCGGGAGGGAGCGCUCUGCCAGAAUGAGAGCAGCUCACGGUCCGGACAUCUCCUUUAAGGUGCUGCUGACAAUCGGCUGGUUCGUCCUGGCCCGCUUUCCUGGUGCUGCAUCCACAGUGGCAGCUGAAUGCCCUGAUCAGUGGCCCGAGCUGCAGCCCUGGAAUCCUGGCCAUGACCCAGACUACUACGUGCACAUAGGCCAGGGCAGAACACUGCUGCUCAUCUCUUCUGCCACGGUCCAUUCCAUCCGCAUCUCAGAGGGAGGAAAGCUAGUCAUUAAAGACCAAGAUGAGGCAAUUGUUUUGCGUACCCGGCACAUCCUGAUUGACAACGGAGGAGAGCUGCAUGCUGGGAGUGCCCUCUGCCCUUUCCAGGGCAAUUUCAGCAUCAUUUUGUAUGGAAGGGCUGAUGAAGACAUUCAACCAGACCCUUACUUUGGCCUCAAGUACAUCGGCGUCGACAGAGGAGGUACCCUUGAGUUGCAUGGACAGAAGAAGCUCUCUUGGACGUUUCUGAACAAGACUCUUCACCCUGGGGGCAUGGAAGAGGGAGGUUAUUUUUUCGAAAGGAGCUGGGGUCACCGUGGAGUCAUUGUUCAUGUCAUUGACCCCAAAUCAGGGACAGUCAUCCAUUCUGACCGGUUUGACACCUAUAGAUCCAAGAAAGAGAGUGAACGUCUGGCCCAGUAUUUAAACACAGUGCCCGACGGCAGGAUCCUUUCUGUUGCCGUGAAUGAUGAAGGCUCUCGAAACUUGGACGAUGUGGCCAGGAAGGCGAUGACCAAACUGGGCAGCAAACACUUCCUACACCUUGGAUUUAGACACCCUUGGAGUUUCCUAACUGUGAAAGGAAAUCCCUCUUCUUCUGUUGAAGACCACAUUGAGUAUCACGGACACCACGGCUCUGCUGCUGCCCGGGUAUUCAAACUCUUCCGGACGGAGCAUGGCGAGCUUUUCAAUGUCUCUUCAUCCAGCGAGUGGGUUCAAGACGUGCAAUGGACAGAGUGGUUUGAACGUGACCACGUGUCUUACACUAAAGGUGGGGAGAAAAUUUCAGACCUCCGGGCCACUCACCCAGGGAAAAUCUGCAAUCGCCCCAUUGAUAUACAGGCCACUACAGUGGAUGGAGUUAACCUCACCACCGAGGUUGUCUACAAAAGAGGCCAGGAUUAUCGGUUUGUGUGCUAUGACCAGGGCCAAGACUGCCAGAGUUACCGUGUGCGGUUCCUCUGUGGGAAGCCUGUGAGGCCAAAACUCACCGUCACCAUCGACACCAACGUGAACAGCACCAUCCUGAAUCUGGAAGACAAUGUGCAGUCAUGGAAGCCCGGAGAUAUCCUGGUCAUUGCCAGUACCGAUUACUCCAUGUACCAGGCAGAAGAGUUCCAGGUGCUCCCCUGCAAAGCCUGUGCCUCCAAGCAGGUCAAAGUAGCAGGGAAACCAAUGUACCUGCACAUGGGGGAGGAGGUGGAUGGUGUGGACAUGCGGGCCGAGGUUGGGCUCCUGAGCCGGAAUAUCGUGGUGAUGGGGGAGAUGGAGGAUGAAUGCUACCCCUACAGCAACCACAUCUGCAACUUCUUUGACUUCGACACCUUUGGGGGCCACAUCAAGUUUGCACUGGGGUUCAAGGCCGCACACCUGGAGGGCGUGGAGCUGAAGAACAUGGGCCAGCAGCUGGUGGGUCAGUACCCAAUUCACUUCCACCUGGCGGGCGAUGUGGAUGAAAAGGGAGGCUACGACCCGCCCACGUAUGUCAAGGACCUCUCCAUCCACCACACGUUCUCUCGCUGCGUCACUGUCCACGGCUCCAAUGGCUUGUUGGUCAAGGACAUUGUGGGCUAUAAUUCUUUGGGCCACUGCUUCUUCACGGAAGAUGGGCCAGAGGAACGCAACACCUUUGAGCACUGCCUCGGCCUCCUUGUCAAGUCUGGAACCCUCCUCCCCUCCGACCGCGACAGCAAGAUGUGCAAGAUGAUCACAGAAGACUCCUACCCGGGGUACAUCCCCAAGCCCAGGCAGGACUGCAAUGCUGUGUCCACCUUCUGGAUGGCCAAUCCCAACAACAACCUCAUAAACUGUGCUGCUGCGGGAUCCGAGGAAACUGGAUUUUGGUUCAUUUUUCACCACGUACCGACGGGCCCCUCGGCCGGAAUGUACUCCCCAGGUUAUUCAGAGCACAUCCCACUGGGAAAAUUCCUUAACAACCGAGCACACUCCAACUACCGGGCUGGCAUGAUCAUAGACAACGGAGUCAAAACUACCCAGGCCUCUGCCAAGGACAAGCGGCCCUUCCUCUCCAUUAUCUCCGCCAGAUACAGCCCCCACCAGGACGCCGACCCUCUGAAGCCCCGGGAGCCGGCCAUCAUCAAGCACUUCACUGCCUACAAGAACCAGGACCAUGGGGCCUGGCUGCGUGGCGGGGACGUAUGGCUGGACAGCUGCCGGUUUGCUGACAAUGGCAUUGGCCUGACCCUGGCCAGUGGUGGGACCUUCCCGUAUGAUGAUGGCUCCAAGCAGGAGAUCAAGAACAGCUUGUUUGUUGGCGAGAGUGGCAAUGUGGGGACAGAGAUGAUGGACAACAGGAUCUGGGGCCCAGGUGGCUUGGACCACAGCGGAAGGACCCUCCCCAUAGGCCAGAAUUUCCCGAUCCGAGGAAUUCAGUUCUACGACGGCCCCAUCAACAUCCAGAACUGCACUUUCCGCAAGUUUGCAGCCCUGGAGGGCCGGCACACCAGCGCCCUGGCUUUCCGUCUGAACAACGCCUGGCAGAGCUGCCCCCAUAACAACGUAACCGGCAUUGCCUUUGAGGACGUCCCGAUUACUUCCAGAGUGUUCUUCGGAGAGCCUGGGCCUUGGUUCAACCAGCUGGAUAUGGACGGGGACAAGACGUCAGUGUUCCAUGAUGUGGAUGGCUCCGUGUCCGAGUACCCUGGGUCCUACCUCACCAAGGACGACAACUGGCUGGUCCGGCACCCAGACUGCAUCAACGUUCCGGACUGGAGAGGCGCCAUCUGCAGCGGGCACUAUGCACAGAUGUACAUUCAGGCCUACAAGACCAGUAAUCUGCGAAUGAAGAUCAUCAAGAAUGACUUCCCUAGCCACCCUCUCUACCUGGAGGGGGCCCUGACCAGGAGCACCCACUACCAGCAGUACCAGCCAGUCAUCACCCUGCGGAAGGGCUACACCAUCCACUGGGACCAGACGGCCCCUGCCGAGCUCACCAUCUGGCUCAUCAACUUCAACAAGGGCGACUGGAUUCGAGUGGGGCUCUGCUACCCCCGGGGCACCACCUUUUCUAUCCUCUCGGAUGUUCACAAUCGCCUGCUGAAGCAAACGUCCAAGACGGGCAUCUUCGUGAGGACCUUGCAGAUGGACAAAGUGGAGCAGAACUACCCUGGCAAGAGCCACUAUUACUGGGACGAGGACUCGGGGCUGCUUUUCCUGAAGCUGAAAGCUCAGAACGAGAGAGAGAAGUUCGCCUUCUGCUCUGUGAAAGGCUGUGAGAGAAUAAAGAUUAAAGCUCUGAUCCCAAAGAACGCUGGUGUCAGCAACUGCGCGGCCACAGCCUACCCCAAGUUCGCGGAGAGGGCCGUCGUGGACGUGCCGAUGCCCAAGAAGCUCUUUGCUUCUCAGCUGAAGACCAAGGACCACUUCCUGGAGGUGAAGAUGGAAAGUGCCAAGCAGCGCUUCUUCCACCUUCUGAACGACUUUGCCUACAUUGAAGUGGAUGGGAAGAAGUACUCGAGCUCGGAGGAUGGCAUCCAGGUGGUGGUGAUUGACGGGAGACAAGGGCACGUGUUGAGCCAAGCCAGCUUCAGGACCGCCAUCCUGCAGGGCAUCCCGUGGCAGCUCUUCAAUUACGUGCUGGCCAUCCCCGACAACUCCAUAGUUCUCAUGGCAUCGAAGGGAAGAUACGUCCCCAGAGGCCCGUGGACUCGAGUGCUGGAAAAGCUCGGGGCAGACAAGGGCCUCAAACUGAAAGAGAAAAUGGCAUUCGUUGGCUUCAAGGGCAGCUUCCGGCCCACCUGGGUGACUCUGGACACCGAGGACCACCAUGCCAAAAUCUUCCAAGUUGUGCCCGUCCCCGUGGUGAGGAAGAAGAAGCUGUGAGGACCGCUGCCACCUCAGCGCUGCCCUACAGUGGACUCUGACGGUGGGCUCCCGGCAGCCGCCUGGGGCAGCCUGGCUGGUCCCCCAGCCCCUGUCCAGCAGCUGCCGGGGAAGGCCACGUGUCAGCCCUGAUGGGCCAAGGGGAGGGUAUCAGAGACCCCCGGUGCUGCCACCUGCCCUCACUCAAGUGUCUACCUGCAGCCCCAGGGGCAGUGUUGGCUGAUGCUGGAACCUUCUCUUUCCUACAGCCUCUUGGGUGCUUCUCUCCUA